GGUGAUCUUGUUGAGAGUCGCUUCAUUCUCCCAAAUCACUUCAGUUUGGCUUACAUCACAGUGGCACCUGGUUGAAAUGCUCUGAUGCGAACUGAAUUCUUACAUGUGGAUCAUACUAUUACAUAUUCUUGGAUUGAUGCUCGAGAGAGACCUGUUCUGCUGAUAACGUUACAUCCAUCCUACGACAUGGAAUCAUCAACACCUAGUGAGGAAACAGUUCUCCUUAACACAACACCUGCUAGUAACGGGACAGACUGGGAAUUCACGGACUACAAACAAAGAGUCUCCAUUGGUAUCCUCUUUAUCUUGAUCUCUGCUGUCGGUUUGGUUGGCAAUCUCAUGGUCAUUGUCGCCGUCAGUCUCUCCCGCAAGCUGCAGACGGCGACCAAUGCCUUCGUCCUCAACACCAGUUGCGUCGACUUCCUGAACUGUCUCUUCCUGCCAUUCAAUGCGGUGUCCAUGCUGAGCAAGUCUGGAUGGCCACUCGCUCCAGGAGUUUGCACCAUAGCUGGUGGGAUUACAAUGGUAUGUCUAGGAGCUACCCUGGUCAACCUGGCCCUCAUAGCCAUCAAUCGUGCCUAUUUGAUCGUGAACCCGAGAGACAAUUAUUGCAAACUCUACAGUCCUGUCAAGUUGGGUCUAAUGGUGUUCGUCGCCUGGUUCUACCCCAUCAUGGCGUUUGCCUUACCGCCAUCUCUUGGUAUUGGUAAGCUUGGAUAUUCGGAGGCAUACAAGGUUUGCUUCUGGGAUGAUGACCACGAACUUGUCUAUAUCAACGACUACAUCGUCGCUCUCACCUUCUUGAUCUCAUUCAUCAUCAUCAUUGUCUGCUACGCGAUGAUCUACGUCCACGUUAGGCGUCACAACCGUCGUCUUCAGGUCUUUUAUUCCAACAACCCAACCAAGCCCAGCGACGCUGCUUCUUCCCGUGAGCUCAUGAACGGGUCGUCCGUUAAAAUAACCGAAAAGUGCCACAAUUCCACACUGGAAACACAGGCUAAGAAGUCCCGCAACAAACGCGAGAUACAGAUCACCAAAAAUCUAUUCUAUGUGGUGUGCGCCUUCUUCUUUUGCAUCCUUCCGUACCCGAUCUCGCUCACCAUCCCCUUCAAGAGCGUUGCGGACGUCUACGCCGGUGUUCUCCUCAUGGCCAACUCCUGCGUGAACCCUCUCAUCUACAGCUUCAAGCAUCCUCAUUUCAAUAUCAUUUUCAGGAUGAUGUGUCGAGGUAACUGGGAUGAGAUUCCUCAACCAUCCACUCUCCUCAAGUUUGUUCUGAGGUCAACUGGCAUGGAGCGGCAGCGUUCUUCGUCCAACCUUCGUACGAACGAAACGGGGUCGACGCGUUGAAUGUCUUCCGAAUUAUCCGAACGGUGAUUACUUUCAACAAUUAUCAUCACGCCUCAUUAUGUCUGCUUCACGGUUUGCAAUUAACUCUAUGACUAUAUAUCGCAUUUUGGUAAUAAAUCUUAAGCGUUAAGCUAGGCAUUAAAAACACGAAUUAUGUGAUUAUGUUUUGAACAAUAAUGCGAAUACACUGCAUACUAGUAUAGGCCACAUUGGUUUCAGAUUGUAGGCAAUUGCUUCAAUACUACGAUGAGCCAUGGCGUAAUUUUCUUCGGCAAGAAAUUUAUCCGCAUUAUGCUGCACUCGACCCAGGUGAGGUGUAUGGGUACCCGGUAGGAUUUAUUCCUUGAACGCUUUAGCGCCUAUUAAUAUGGCGGCUCAGCUACAGCCGGGGUAAUUAUGAUACCAAGUAUCAAAACGCAGUUGAGUAUGCACAUAGUAAUUGCGCUAUAUAAAUUGACAUAUUAUUAUUAUGAGUCACAGCUUUACUACGUUGAGAAUGCGUUGCAGUGGUAUUUUUUUUAAUCGUCCAUUUUCCUUUCUCUGUUCGUCAAUUCAAAUUAUCAAUCAAACACUUUAAUGCAUAUUUGCAUUUAGAGUUGAUCUAAACACAACAUCAAAAGAAAGUUCCUCGAAAGAACCCCAUUACAUCUUCCAGUGUAACAAAUCAUUAAAUUUUAUACUAAGCCUGGGAUAUAGCUAGAAUUGUUAGGAAGCGUCUUUUUUUCGAAAAGGAGCGACAUCCGUGACUUAAAGGGGAAUCUAACCCAAAUAAGAACUUGUUUUUAUAAGAAAAAGAAAAAUCAGACAAGUUGAUAGGUGAAAGUUUGAACAAUAUUGGACAAACAACAAGAAAGUUAUGAGUUUUUAAAAGUUGUAAAUAUUGGUAAUCACUAUACCCAUGGAGACUUCAAAUUGGCCGCAUAUGGGAUGUCAUAGUGAUGUAAGGCAAGGACUACUCUUCCAUGUACUCCAAUACAUAUUAUGGCUAAAAUGUCAUUUUUCCCAAAACUUUUAUUUCAAAUUACAUUUUUCUUUCAUGAGGACAUAAAAACAAUAUACUACCUGAAUUAUAUUUAGAUUACUACCCCAGGGGAAUGGGUACUUAGGAGAAAACCAGAAAUCCCUGAUUGAUCCCUGAUCCCUGAAUGAGCACAAGAUAACGUUUUGGGUAUUUUUCUUCAAAAACUGCAACUGUGUUGUAAUUUACAUGAGAGAGCCAAGCAGUAAUUUGUUGAUAAAAACUUGAAUAUUGACAUUAGCUAGGUUCCAAGUAUUCCAAAAUUACCGAAAAUCUAUAUAAUAAUCACAACAAAUUACAUUGUCAGCAAAUGAGGUUUUUCGUCAAUAAUAAAUAAGUCACAAAAUUUCCAAAAUUUGAUGACUGAGAUUUCAAAAUGGUAACACUCUCUCCAGCAUGUCCAGUUGCACCUUCUAAUCUCUUUUCACUUUUGAUAAUUUUCUUUCCGAUUUUAAUUUUCACUUAUGCUCUCAAAACUUAAUUUCUUUGUCAUUCAAUUUAUAAGCGUCCUGGUUUUACAUUAGAUAACGUUGUUUAAUAUUUGAUUAUAAGUUGUAAUGUUGCAGUAGUGACCCUUCAAAAUAGCCUACUGUAUUGCUGUAUAUCAUGUACAUUAAGUAAGAACAGAUUUGUAAAAAUCGAUAAUUAUAUAUUUGUAUAAGGUUAUCACUUAUUACAUGGUUCAAAUUAAAUUGUCUUUACGAAUUGUAUUUUUUUUUUUACAACAUUCUGUAUUUUAAUUUUGUUGUAAUAAACACAUACUCACAUAUUAUCAGUAAUGCAUGGAGCAUUUUAAUUUAUUUGAAUGAAGAUUAAAAGAGCCAUGUAGAUAAGAUGCCUUACUCUGGAGCAUAAAGUGCCUUGCUGGGGAUCAAACCCUGGACUCUCAUUCGUGUAAUCAGUCGCCUUACACCACGCGGACACGGCACCUUCUCUUUCAUAUUUGGCUAUAGUUGCAUGAAGCGCCAUCUAUCCAUCAGACACAAGCAACUUUUAAGAUGGACAGAAUUCUGCCAGCUACAUGAAUUUGAUGUUUAUGUGUAUAUUAUGUGCCUUAUGUCACAAUUCUAUUUAUUGUAUUGUAAAUUGCCAGUAUAAAACAUGUAAAUUGGUGAUUAUCAUUGAAUUUUUAGGUGAAAUUGGUCUGCUAUAUACCCCUACAGAGCGAUUUUGUGGAGUUGUUCUCAUGAAACAUAGGACCAAUAUAUUGAAUGUGAUGAGUAACAUGCUAACAAUAAAUGAGGAUAUGAAAAGAAAAACUAGGCCAGUGCCAGAUUUUAAAACAGUGAUCUGUACAAUGUUUUGUGAGACGUAUUAAGUUUUAGUCAUUAAACUUUAAUGAAAUGUUGGUAUUUCAGGUCCAGCUAUGAUUUAGAUUUAUUUCAUAAUGAAAAGAGAUUAAAUGGGGGUGGCAAUGUCUUAUUCGUUUUAAAAUAAUCUUUCAGUUUCAGAAUAUUUGUUGGCAAUUCAAUUUUCAAAGUUGAUAGCCCUACAGUUUCGCCCAUUAUAGAUUCACUCAUCAUCAUUUCUAUGAAGAAAAUAUUUUAAACUAAGUUUUCUCUCGCACUUGAUUAUUCUUUCAUUGUUAAAGGUUCGGUUGAGUCUGCACGACUCCUUUUGUGAGUCUUAAUACAUCGUUAUACCUUUAUCAUUUAUACAUUCGUAGUUUGUACAUGCACUGCACUUCUCUAAAGUAACAUAAAACAAUAUCAUAGACAGAAUGAUCAUUCUAUCCUACACGUCAGUCGUGUGGGCCAUCGGACAUGUAGAUAAUUAUGUAAAUAUAAUUUAUGGAAAACAUAUGAUUUUUUUUCUUGAAUGAAUGAAAUAGACUAAUUGACAUGAAUGGUCUAAUUACAAACAGGUUUAUUCAACGAAAUUUAUAUAAAACCCAUAUGAAACAUUUGAAAUAAAUAGGAAAAUGUAAAUUUUGUGCGUAUGAUGUAAUAGACCAUGCAGUAUUUUUCACGUAAAGUUUGCGCUUAUGAUGUAAUAUACCAUGCAUUAUACUAUUUUUGUUUGUAGAUUUCUUAUGCUAUUCUCUUUCCUUCUUAUACUAUUCUGUUCCAUCUUACCUGUCAUCCCUCUACCUAUGUCUCCUCUCUUAUCUCUUUUAUCCUCUAUAGCUACAUCUUUGCACAUGCUUUUUGCCUCCACUGUAUAUGUAUUUAUUUUUAACUUUAACUGACGUUAUUGUUUUGUUGUUGUCUGUUCUAUACUGUGUAUUGAUACGUCUAUGCUUUUGACGAUAUUUUUACAACCAAGUUGUCAAAUCAAUUUCUCACUGUUUUAUGGAGACAAUAAAUGCUUAUCUUAUCUAUAAAAUAAUUAUAGGCCUAUGAUAAGCUACAAUUAUAUGGCAUUGAACAAAAGUUUACACAUAUUUCCCCAAUAAAUUGAUACGGGAACAUUAUUAUCUAUAUUCAUGCACAUUAUCACUAAAUCCAUGGUGGAUGAGGAAAACUACCAUUUCCAUAAAAAAAACACUUCGAGAAAUGUAAAUUUAGUAUGGUACGAACUGUACUACCCGUUGAAUUAUAUUUGUCACGUGGCUGUAGUACAAGACAUAUUUGUGUUUGAAUUUACUUUUAGCUGUUUCAUUAAUGAUGAUAUAGAAAAGUGAAUGUAAUUUCAUAAUGCUCGUACUUUAUAAUUAUUAUGUAAAUAGAUCUUGAAGCCGGGGAUAUAUUUCAUAAUUGUUUAUAUACGAACCAUUUCCGUAAGUUAAUGGUUAAUUCGACAUGUAUAUAUUAUUGUAAUAUAAUGUUAAUUGUUAAAAAAAAUAAGAGUGGGCUUCCGUCGUUUCAAAAUAAAAAUCAGUAAUUUGA